AUGGCUGAAAAGAAUGAUCCCUUUCGGGACCUGACAUUCAGUGGAGCGCCUUCGGACUACAGGUUAUUUCGGCGAAAGAUUUUGCUGAAUGUGGCUUCUCUUGAGGAGAAGCAUGUGAGGCUGGCAGGACCCAAGAUCCUGACACGCCUAACAGGCGAGGCCUGGCGAGCCACUGAGCACCUCUCGAUUUCAGAGCUGCGCUCGGAGGAUGGCUGGCUACUCGUGCUGAAGGCCUUGGACAACCACUACAAGUACUUGCCCGAGACCGAGCUGAACGAGUGCGUGGACGAGUUCUUGUUCCACUUGAAGAGGCGGUCGGGAGAAGGCCCGACAGCUUUUGUGUCUCGCUUCAAGUCUGUGCUGAGCCGGCUGGAGACCUUGAUCGCGGCGGAGAAGUCAGAACGCGGAUCCGCCAAGAGGAAGCGAGGACGUCAGCCAGAGCCGGCGUCUACUGGAAGCGAGAGAGAUGAUGACACGAGCGGUGGCUCGGAGGAGCCACAACUUACCAAGGAGAAGGUGGAGAAGGCCGCAGCUGAGGAGGCAGCCCAGGCUUCCGACUCCAAGGGCCCGAAGACCGUCGGUAGCUUCGUUGGGGAAAGGUCACCGAAGCGCGGCCCACCUUCUUCAGGCAGUCGUGGAACCUACAAGGGCGAUGACGACAAAGCUCAGCGGAAGAUGCUGGAGAGUCUCGGACGACUUGAAGUAGGCCACCUGAAGCUGAAGCCUGUCUUCCCGGAGGUGAUUCUCGGACACCUCUUUAUGAGGAAGUAUGGGCUGAACAGGGAGCAGAGGAGCCAGGUCAUACGCUCGACGGGCGGUUCCUGUAAGUUCCGAGACAUCGAGCGGGUUAUCCGUGCGUCCGACUACGAGGACCGAAAUGAUGGAGGGUCCCGUGGGACCCAGCACCGGCCGGGCCGGGCAUCUGGAGCGGUGAUGGCUGCAGAAGAAGACAGCAGUCUGAGCGAGCCGUCGAUGUCUGAUCAGGACGCGGAUGCCUACGAAGCCGAGGCCUACGAAGGCAGUGAGGACGAGGA